UGACGUCACUGUCCAGGCACGCGGUGCGAGCGAGGACGUCAGUCGCGCGCCCCACCCCUACAUCCCGACGCCGGCGGAUGAGCGUGCAGGCGCUUCGGUUGCUGUGGGGCUUCAUUCAAACAGGCGGAGGGAGCGCCGGCGGUGAGCUGAGGGAGAAACGCGCUGUACGAAUUAAAAUCGCCGGGCAAGGUUCGGUGGAUCUGGCCUUCACAGUAGAGAAUGUGUUGAAGUGCUGGAGACACUAUGCUGCAGGCUUUGCAAUUUGGUUAUGUGUGGAACAGAUCAGAGGCUUGCUGAGAAGUGCAACAAGGAUUCCAAGGAUUGUAGCAUUGAAUAACUGCUCCACAAACUAAUCCAGGACAUCGUGCUUUGAGAUAGUUGACCAUUUGCAGUUCAAUAAUGCUGUAAUCACGCUUGAACUAUUUAAACUGCAUCAUCAGUUUCUAAAAUUAGAACAGAAUAAAACAACUCUUUAAGUUGCUUCAAUUCAGAGGAUACGAAAGACAAAGAAAUACUGUAAACACCACGCAUCUCCCAUUGUGGCUAAAUUGAGCAACUGUCAUUGAAGCUGGGGUCAGUGAUUAUCAACUCUUCAUACCAAAGGAAAGCUGAAAACAUCAUCCAUCUCCCGUAGGGACUAUAUUAAGUGAACCAUCGUUUCAAUCGGGGUAAUGGCUAUUCAAAAUUUCACAACAAAGUAAAGCUUCUAUGAGGGUGAUUUUGAAGAAAGAGUAAUAAAAAGAGUGAAUUUUGACAUUGUGUUUGGGCUGCUUAUCAAACCUGUGGUGGAGUGACAAACAGGCCAUUAUUAAACCGUCACCAAGGAAACCACAGCUGUGCAACAUUACGCAGAGAGAACACAGGAGGCCUAACUCAAACUCACCAUUAAUAUUUCCGACUUGUUUGGAGCUCUGAUUUCUUCAGACUUUAAUAUACUCUUCCAAAAAUCCACUUUCUGAUGUGUUAAGUUGCUGCAAUGGGGAAGUCCAACAGCAAGCUGAAACCUGACGUUGUAGAGGAGCUGACAAGGAAAACCUAUUUUACAGAGAAAGAAGUCCAACAGUGGUACAAAGGUUUCAUUAAAGACUGCCCCAGUGGACAGCUUGAUGCAGCAGGCUUUCAGAAAAUCUACAAACAAUUCUUUCCCUGUGGAGACCCAACCAAGUUUGCUACAUUUGUCUUCAAUGUGUUUGAUGAAAAUAAAGAUGGAAAAAUUGAGUUCUCUGAAUUCAUCCAAGCACUAUCAGUAACUUCAAGAGGGACUCUGGAUGAGAAACUACGAUGGGCUUUUAAAUUGUAUGACCUAGAUAAUGACGGCUACAUCACCAGGAAUGAGAUGCUGGAUAUUGUGGAUGCUAUUUAUCAGAUGGUGGGUAAUACAGUGGAACUCCCUGAAGAGGAAAAUACACCAGAGAAACGAGUGGAUAGGAUUUUUGCCAUGAUGGACAAGAAUGCUGAUGGAAAAUUGACCCUACAGGAGUUUCAAGAGGGAUCGAAAGCAGAUCCAUCCAUCGUCCAAGCGCUUUCUCUAUAUGAUGGCCUAGUAUAGUUCCUGUAACCACCCUUGUGCCAUGAUGUCCAGGGAUGAACCAUUUUGGUGCCAUUUUAACGGUUCUGUGCAGAAGCUCGAUGGUCCAGCAGUCGCUCACCUUCACCCAGAUGUGAACAGGAGUGCACGGGUGUGUGCAAGCUGAGCUCUUUUGCUUGUCUCCAUUUGCCAAUCUCAGCUUAAGAACCCAAAAUGUUUUUUUUACAGUUGAGAACUCUGCAGUAGACACACACCUCAUUUUUUUGGAAAGACUUGAUCGAAAGGAGCAUUGAUAUUUGCCUUUUUGUACAAUUUUAGACUGAAUUAAAUUGCUCUAGCUGUAAGUUAUUUUUGUUUGGCUGCACUGGCUGCCUCAAUUACUGUUUUAAAUGAACAAAAAAUAAAUUGCUGUUCUUGUAUUGUCAGAAAAUGAUAGCAGCGGAGUACUGCAAAGUGAGAUUUGUGUGUGUGUUUUGUGCUUUAAGUGAAAUGUGUUUUAUCAUGUUUAUUAUUUAUUUAAUCGCAAAAUAGCAUUGUAUUCUUGUGCUGUCUUUUAUUUUGAGGCAAAGAGGAUGUUAGUUUUCAAAACUGUACUUGUACCUAUCAGCAAUUAAAUCAAACUUGUAGGAACUGUGAAUAUCCAACUGUUGUAUCAUAACUGAGCCAAUUUCUUACCAUUGCAAAUGUUCAAGUUAUGAUAGUUUCUUGAUUUAAUAUCUUCUCAGACACUGUUUAACUCUAGGCAAUGUGCAGUUUGAAACGCAUUAUGGGGCAAUAAUACAAAUCCAGGACAAAAGCUGUUGUCUAAUCUUGUGCCCUUGCAAUUCACCUGUUUUUUUUAUCUGCUGUACACAAUUGAGAUCCUCAGUUGUAAUAUUUUAUAUUGUAAUAUUAUAAGUUAAUGUUUCAUUUAUGGGUCAGCAGAAAAAUAACCUGAAUUGGGCUGACCAUGGUUCAAUAGGGAUGGUACAUAACAUAAUCAUGGUUGCAUUUAAUGGAAGGAGGUUGUAGCUUGAUCUGACCUGCAUUGGUUUUGAGGCUUUAAAUCACCACGUUACAGAAUUAAUUUGAUUUAGUAUCUUAAUGCGUGGUACAGUACUUGUACAGUGUUAUUCACACAAGUCAGUUCCUGUCAGUCAUACCCAUGUCUAAACUUCUUUGGCAAUUAUGUGUUUUUGCUCGUUCUUAAAUUUAGAAGGAAAUAUUUUUUCCCCAGUUUGUGAAUUAAUGGAAGUCUCAUAGCUAUCAAUGAGUUAGACAGUAAGGAAAUGCUAUGCACUGACAAUAUGUGCAGUUUACAAGAAUCUAACUUUUAAAAAAGGGAGUAUCUACUUAUGUAUUAAAAGUCCUGAGUUGGAUAUAAUUGAUCUGAAUUGAAUAUGUGAAGUGCAUAUCAGUAAAGAUUUAUUGGUCCCUUAAAAAUUUUUGAGCUUUCUAAAACUGAUUGAUAUAUUUAAUGUAACCCCUUUAGGGUACAUUGUUUUGUUUUGAAAUUGUUUUGUUGUCCUUUGAUUUGUUUUCUUUACUACAUUUAAAAUUAAGAAAUAGAAAUGAUAUUAUACCUGCUGCAUGAAUGAUAUUUCGUGGUUUACAAUAGUGUUGUUAUGAUUUUUAUAUUUUUAAAUUGCUUUGCUUAAUGUUGCAUUGUUCAAUUUCAUGCUGUGAUGCCAAUUAUUCACUCAAUGCACAAGUGCAAAGUCCUACACUCCAGAUAAUUCCAGUUCUAAAAUGUAAUUAAGAGCCCCCACCUCAUGUCAUGCACUAAUGUUUGGCAGGCUCAGAGGAAACAUUUCAAAAAGUGGUUUAGUGUUGCCUCUUGCUGGACUCCCUCUUCCCUGUCCCCUUCUUCUUCUUGGCACUUUCUCUAUGUUAAUCAAUGGGCACUUUUUGCCACAGUUUUUCCAGUUCCAACUCAAGUAAUUCCAUUUGAAUUUUUUUUCAAAUUAUUCAUUUUCUUAUUUUGGUUGCUCCUUUUCCAUGUCACUUGGAAGAGUUUAUUUACAUUUAGCUUUUUCUGGAAAUCAUACUUUCAAAUUUAGCUAUUGUUACUCCCAUUUUCCGUGGCACACAUCUGUGUCUUGUCUGAAUGUUCUCCAUAACUUUCUGUUUAAUCAUUUGCUAUAUAAAAUUGCUAUGCAUGUUUAACAAAUGCUGCAUGCUUAGGAGAAGCUGUAAUUCAAAGCAACGCAUGCAAAUGCAAUACAACAAACUCAUUUCAGUUAGAAGUGGUAGAAACUGUAGGUUUAUCUCUUCAUGGGGAUACAAUGAGUUUGUCUCGAGUUUGCUGAGAUCAGAUCUAAUCUCUUGCUUAAGUCGCAUCAUUAUUUAAAAGACCAAGGUAACUAGGAUCAUUAUACAUUAGCUUCAUCAAAAUGAAACCAUUCUGAGCAGUGCUGACAGUUAUCUCCUUGGUGUAUAUAUUUUCACAGAAUUAAAUAAUAUUUGUGGCCCAGAAAGAAGUCAUGGGUCAAUUGUGUUUGUCAUUUAUAUAAACAAUUUGGAUGAGAAUAUAGGAAGCACGGUUAGUACAUUUGGGGAUGACACCAAACAGUGAGUAGACAGUGAGGUUAUCUAGGUUACAAAGGGAUCUCGAUCAAUUGGACCAAUGAGCCAAAGAAUGGCAGAUGGAGUUUAAUUUAGAUAAAUACGAAAUGUUGCAUUGUGGUAAGAUGAACAAGGGCAGAACUUGCACAGUUAAUGGUAGGGUCCUGAAGAGUGUUGCAGAACAGAAAGAUCUAGGGCUGCAGUACAUGGUUCAUUGAAAGUUGUAUCACAAGUAGACAGAGUGGUAAAGAAGGCAUUUGGCAUUCUUCCCUUCAUUACACAGACCAUUGAGUAAAGGUAACAGGAGAAAGACUUAAGAGAGAGACCUGAGAGACAGCUUUUUCAUACAGAGUGUGGUUCAUAUGUGAAAUGAACUCCCAAGAAAGUGGUAAAUGCAGGUUCAGUUACAACA